AUGGCGGCUACUAUGAAAGCCGCGACGAUGGAGCCUGCGGGCUUCAGCGCGGCUGACAUUUGGAAGAGCGCACAAAAAUGCCGGCGCACCCUUCAGAAGAGGCUGGAGCAGCUUCAUCAGAACGAAGGCAAGGGCAAUGAGGAUGCGUACCUUCGGGCGCUGGAUGAAAUCUUGUGCACCUUUCGACUUGGCUGCGUUGGUACUGUCUUUGAGGAUUUUGCCUACGCUACUGAACAGAAUGUCGACAAGCACCUAUGGAAUAUGCAUUCGACCAUCAACGGCGAGUUCCGUCGUGUUCGCUCGCGGCUAAACCCCAAGGCAGAGCCUAAGGUCGCCAUACUGCAUCGACAAGUCCUCAAGAUGCAAGGGGACUUUCUCCGCACGUCGCAAAAAUUCUACAAGGGCUAUCUCCAGCGGCUGUCGGCCAAGUACCAUAUCCCUAACCUUGAUCGCGUGGUCAAAUCUGUGAGAUUUGACGUCACGCUAGACAAGGUGGAUCGCGAAUCAAACGCCGGGCUGGAGUCGCAGAUUGUUCGGGCUUGUCAUCAGAUUUUGGUUCAUCUGGGCGACCUGGCUCGCUACCGUCUAGAAGUCGACCGGAAGCCGCAGAAAACCGACAUACCUCUACUGUAUCUCCGCCUCGCCAAUGAUCUGCUACCCUCAUCCGGGCUUGGUUAUCACCAGAUGGCCGUUGUCUAUCGUGGUAUUAAGGAUCAAGACCUUGCCAUCGUUUAUCACCUCCAUCGAGCACUUGUCGUGCAAGAACCACAUCCAAUGGCUGCCAAGAACCUGGAAAUUGAGUUUCAGAAACUGAGCCCAGGUAGUCCGAUGCGCGGCCGCAAUUCGUCUUUAGAUCCUCAAAUCACCUUGUCUGUGUGGUUUGUGCGUCUGCAUGCUAUCUACUAUGCAGGUUUGGUCGUUGCUCAGCAGAAAGAACUGGAACGGGAGGUCCUCCACCGUGUUCAGAUGUUACUCGUGACCAAGGAUACCGUCGGUCUCCUCCUUACUCUGGUUCUCACAAGCAUCGCUGCUUAUGAUUUUGCUUUGCAAAGAACUGAAGAAAAAUGGUCUGAAGAAGCCUCGCAAUCAUGCCAGUUCAUACUUGGCUUCAACAUUCGCAUCAUUCUUGCUGUCAACCGGGUCCUGGCAAAGCAGAUCCAAGAAGUUUUGCAGUCUGUUACCCCAGCUCCGGCAGCAGGCGAGACAUCGACUCCUGUGGCAGCCAAAGCUACAGACAAGUUUUUGACAGUCCUCCAGUCCGCUUUGCCUCUGCUGCGCGUCUACAUGGUUUGGCUUUGCAAGUAUCGUGGGGAUGUUGUGCGUUACGCGAGCCACCUCUCUCACGUGACCGAGAUGCACCAGUCGAUGGCCGAAACCAUCUCACUCCUAAUCGAGGUUUUCCGAGGCGACCAGAACGAUGGUUCCACUGCCAAGUAUAUGUUGUUCGAAGACGUCGAGACACUGGGCUUUCAACCUUUGGAGAAUGACAAGGCCCCCUUUGUUUGUCGCCCAAUGCAUUUCUUUCCGGAUGGAACCGCAAAGCCCAGGGUUGAAGAUUGCUCUUUUGACAAGGUUGACAACAAUGGCGAGACUAUUUCUCGGAUCAACGACAUCGUCAACUGUGGCUACUUCAUUGGAACCGAUCCGAACUAUCCUUUGACCAUCUCCCGGAAGCAAAAGGGCCCGCGAACCAUCACGAUCCUCAGUUACCAGGCGGGCUCUGACUCGGAUAUCAUCCCUGGCAUGAACAAUUCGAGCAGCGCCUGCCAAAGCGAGCCGGUCACACCACACAGGCAAAGUGCUCAAGCAUCUCCAGCACCCAACAAACUUACCAGCACAAACGGUACGCAUCAGCACCCGCAGCCGCCGCAGGCACCGAUCGGAACUCCCAACGGUACAAUGACCAAAUCGACUGAGACUGAGUUCGAUGUGGAUGAAGAAAUGCUUGGCAGACUGAAUGAAUUCCUGGCUCCUCCCGAAGUACACUCGCCGCAGCAGCAGAACGGCACUGAAGAUCCGACUUUCUCUUAUGGCAUGCAUUCGAUCACCGCCAACGAUGUUUUUGGGGCACUGAACAGCCAGAAACCAGUCAAAACACCCACAUCCGCUUCUGGUAGGGCUUUUCCCACGCUUCCCUGGGACAUGUGGACCCCCACCAAUCGAUCAGGCUUUGGCUUCAGUGCGGCGGCAUCGCCCGAGGUUGAAGCGGCUACGGCUUUCAGUCAGGCCGCCCACUACAGCCACGCACCGAGGAAUACUGAGCGUCUGCAGAGCCCCGGGCUUCCAAGUGCUCCCAGGGCUUCGGACACUGCAGAUGCGCAAGCCCAGGUAGCCGCCGAGCGCUAUGCCGCUGGCUCGUUUCCAAAUCGCGACCCUAGCAUGGGUAAAGCUUACAGCAAGGAGAGGAUGGACGAAAUUUCCAAGCAGGCCAGCUGGCAAUUCAAUCAAAAAAGACAGCCCGCACGCGUUGCCACCUCGUCAAUCCCGGCUCAGACUCCUGUCCGGCAACCCUACAACCAACCCGCCGGCUUUAUUGACUCUCCAUUCUUUCAGUCGACCAAUUUCUCAUCCAGUGCUUCCGGCUUGUCCCAGGUGCAGGGCUCAUGGGGCCAGCGAUUUGCCGUUCCAGGAAAGAAGCCCUCGUGA